AUGGCACAUGGAGUCCACCCUAAUUUCAUGGAUAAGCAUGAAGAACACCAUCGACCAGAAUUGCAAAAGGGCCUUGUCAUUAAACACAAUGCAAACCAGCGCUAUGCUACAAGUGGAGUUACAGCUUUUCUUUUCAAAGAAGUUGCAAAAGUUCAUAACCUUCCAACUCAGGAGUUUGUGGUGAGAAAUGAUAUGGGAUGUGGAUCUACUAUAGGUCCCAUACUUGCUUCAGGGGUUGGGAUUCGUACUGUUGAUUGCGGCAUUGCUCAGCUAUCCAUGCACAGUGUGAGAGAGAUAUGUGGGAAGAAAGAUGUUGACAUUGCUUACAAGCAUUUCAAGGCAUUCUACCAAACAUUCUCACACAUAGACAAUAAACUAAACAUUGAUUAGUAAGUUCACCACAAAACUACUUGAAAAAUGCUGAUUUAAGUUUAUUUUUAGCCCCAAUUAGGACUAACUUUUUUCUUUAUAAUUUUGUUGAAACAG